UUUUUCUCUUUUUGUUGCGUCUAUUUUAAAUUUUGUUAGAAAAAUUUGUUUUUCAAUUAUGCAACAACAGGAAACAGUAAACAACAAGCGCAAAUGCUUAAAUGUGUGAAAUUUAUAAUAAAAUUGUUUUUCAUUCGAAUUUGAUGAUUUUUGUUUUUCCUUUUUUGCGGAUAAAACAUUUAUUUCCACUAAAACAACCGAAAUCGUACAAAUUUGCAGCAUUUUUAAUGUUUUCAUAUAUGCACGGGGAAAAUACAUAAACAUAUAAACCCGAGUUUAUAUACAUAUGAAAAAUAUCUAUCUAUCUAUAAGCGUAGCAUUUCAUUGUACAAAAUUGCAGUCACAAUAAUAAUAAUACACAGGAGGACUUGUGUGUUAAUAAAGAGUGUGUUUUGCAUUGUGUGUGCGUUUAUGCGUUUUUAUUUAUAUGUAUAUGCGUACCAGUUUAUUUUUACAUAAAUAUAUGAAAACAUCAUAAAAAUAUAUCCGGUAAUAUGACACCAGAUAUAUCAGCAGCAAUAACAGUAAAAGCAACAAAUGCUGCAAUGCCGUUAACAAUGCCAGUAACAACAGAAGCAGCAUCAGCAUCAGCAUCAGCAUCAACACCAACAACAACAGCAACAGUAUCAGUAUCAACAACAAGAAGAGCAACACAAGUUCCAACAUCACAUUUAUUGUACGAUAACAAUACCACCGCAACUACCGCAAGAACAUCAUCAUCGUUAUCAUCAUCAUCAUCAUCAUCAUCAUCAUCGUCAUUAUCGUCACCGUCAUCGCCGUCUUCAUUACAAUUAAAAUCACAAUCCACGACAGCGGUAGCAGCAGCAGCCUUGGCCAUUAAACAAACAACAACAAUUAUGCAACGGCAUCUGUUAACAAUCGAAAAUUUACGCGACCGUGUACGUCAAAUAUUAAAAUGUGUAAUUAAUUUACACAUUGAUAUUUUGGUACUUGAGUCCAGUGUCAAUCAAAUCUUAGAUGACGUGAAAGAUUUCAAAGCUGAUCUGAACGAAUGUCAACGUUUGGAUAAUAUUAUACAGACCUUAAGAGAUUAUGAUGGACCUACCAUUUAUCACGAAUGGCCAUUUCCUGUAGUAUUUCAAGGAGCAGUGGAGGAGGCUGAUUUAGCACAAAAUCUUAAUAAGACAAAGAAUGCAAUUAUGUCAAAUAGCAAGAACGUAACAUAAAAUGCUCUGUAUAUUGCCAUCUGAUCUGUUGCAUAAUUCAAAUUAAUUUUAUAAAAGCUGAGCGAGAUUUUAAUGUGAAAGAAUAUUUUAUUAAAUUAAAGAUGAAUGAAAUUUAAAGAAAAACAAAACUUGGAAAAAUUAAUUUAAACCUACUUUGUGGCAAUUGGAAAAUGCAACAACCGCAUAAGCCAGGUGAUCGUGGUUUGAUUUCUUUUUUUUCCUUUUUU